UGAACGGGGCAGCAGCUCAAAACUCCCCCAGCAUCCUCCCCUGCGCCUCGGCUCUGCGCUCUCGCGCCCCAAACUCAGUUUUUGGAGGAUUUCUUUUACCCGAAACGGAUUUGAGGCGAAGCGACAGUGGACGAUGCUCUUGUCCUGCGGGUGCAUGUUGGCGCGGAGCUGCGGAGCUCCUGCAGGUCCGUGAGGAAGAGGAGGAGGAGGAGGAGCGAGCGCGCGCGCGCGCGCGAACAGGAGGGCAGACCGAGAUCGCGCUACUGUCCCACGGCCGUGACUGAUGCUCCCUGAUUGGACCCCCUUUUCGAGCUUCAUUCAGGUCGCCGCUGGAAGUCAUUCAUCAUCAGGAUCAAGAAUCAAGAGCUGCUCCGGGGUUUUUGUUGGAAAGAUAAUAGACAGAUAUACGAUGUUUGUGGGACUAUAAUGGGAGUUUAGCACCGUCACGUGACUUCGCGCUAGCUUCUUUUCCUGCGGAAAGUGGGGGGCUUUGGACCUGAACAAUGGCUAUUAACACAGACAGCGGGUUUGAGAAGUCACAGUUGGGGGGGAACGGCAGCGCCCGUCCCGCCGAGGCUCAUGAGACUGAGAAACUCCUAAGCGCUGUGGUCACGGAAUCCCCGGCCGGAGAUGGGGUUACCGUGAGCGUCGGGGCUGAAAAGGUGCAGGACGGAGACCAGAAUGGCCACGGGCUCCCACUGAGGUCUAGCUCCGUGGGACAGCUCGGCUCAGCCCCCCGCUCGCCGUCCCGGACCAGCCUGAGCCGCGCCUCGUCCACGGGCAACACUGUCCAAGAGCAGUCCAAGCCCCAGGACUACCUCCUGCUGGUCAUCUUCUCCUGCUUCUGCCCUGUGUGGCCGGUCAGCAUCGUCGCACUGGUGUACUCAAUCAUGUCAAGAAACAGUUUUCAGCAGGGUGAUAUUGAUGGUGCAAGACGUCUGGGUCGCCUGGCUCGUCUCCUUAGCAUCGUCGCCAUCAUCCUGGGCCUGCUCAUGGUUAUAGUCUACACAGUGGUGUCAGUAACAGGCAAUUGACUGUAAAACGCCACGAUGAAGAGGAACAACCAUCUACAGCAAAAAACCCUCCAGCAUAAUUACAAAAAUGACUUCCUCCUUAUAAAAUAAAACCAUCAAAUACAAAAAAGAGUCAAUAGGAGUGUAGCAAAAAAUAUGACCUAUUUAAAGAGAAAUGACAUGCAUGCCUUAAGUAAACGUUUGCUUGAUGAAAAAGAAAAAAAAACCUCUAGGUUUAAAAUGAAGAGUGACCAUUUGUGAAGUAUACAUGAAACACAAAGCUGUUUCUCUGAGGAGCUGUCUGACGAU